AUGAGACCAGAAAACCUCGAAUCACCGUUGGCUGUUCCUCGCGACACAAAGAGCAGUAUAUACAUUAUGAAUGAUCAGACAUUUCAUACACCAUCUUUUGGCGAUGAAGAAUUCGACAUACCCCUAAUACAUGGACAGCAUGCCACGAAUACCAGCGCGCAAAACUCCCACAUACAAUAUACGCAAUUGCACCAUUCUGCUCCCCAGGUGGGUAUGAUGAACCCAGCGCAAGACGGCUUGUCACCACCUGGAGGUGCACCUUCGUAUCAACAACCUCUUUAUUUACAAGAGCCACACACACCCGUCACAUCACACAGAUCAGCAUGGAAACACACAGACAAUGUGAUGAUUAAAAUUGGUGCAGGUGCGCCAGCUGGAAAUUACAUGAUUCAACAACAACCUGGAGGACAGCAGAGGUUGCUGAUGAUGCAACCAACCCAAGUAAUGAGUGGCCCACCUACACCCAGCACACCCACUCAGCCCUCUGGACCUGUUUAUGGUUCACCGCAAAGAGCUUCACCCCCUGGUACGACAAGUGAUGAUUCUGAUGACAGUGUGCCUUCACAGCAUUCUCAGUUGCCUGGUGAUGCGGAAAGCCUUCUGCCUAUCCAUUAUUGCUCAGCGAGCCGGCAGCAACAAACUACGCUUCAUCAGAUGGGUGUUAGUACCGUGGGUGUAAAAAGAUCGUCUCCAGAACCAAUGGAAAAUGGCGUAAAUCGUGGACAAAUGCAGAAAAAGCCCAAAGUUCAGAAAAAAAAGAAAAAGCGUGAUCCCAAUGAACCCCAAAAACCCGUAUCAGCAUAUGCAUUAUUCUUCCGGGACACUCAGGCAGCUAUCAAAGGUCAAAAUCCAAAUGCUAGUUUUGGUGAGGUAUCCAAAAUAGUAGCAUCUAUGUGGGAUGGCUUGGACUCUGAACAUAAAAGUGUGUACAAACAAAAAACAGAAGUAGCCAAGAAAGAAUACCUCAAAGCACUUGCUGCCUACAGAGCCAGCUUAGUAUCGAAGGGAGGAGAACCUGACAAUCCAACAAUGUAUAAUCACACUAACAGUGCAAACCCAUCCUAUGGUAAUUACUAUCAAAACCAAUCAUAUGGCAAUGGGCACUCACCACAGAAUUAUGUGCCUAAUCAAGCACCACAAGGAUAUUCUCCACAAAACUACUCUGGUGCCCAGCCUCAGGGGUCAUACCCUGCUCAAACACCACAGGGGUAUCCUCCUAACCCUCAGCAGUCUCCUCAAAGUUAUCAAGGCAACAUGAGUCUCACACCACAGACAUACCAGCAGAAUGUACCAGCACCCUCACCACAAAGUUAUCAAGUGAAUCCGGCCACAUCACCACAGAAUUGUCAAUCAAAUAUUGCUCAGUCGCCAAGAAGCUAUCAGCCAGCUCAAUCGCCGAACAACUACUCUGCUAACUCAGCUCUGUCGCCUCCUGGAUACAGACAAGUUCAGUCACAGUCACCGCCAAUGGGUACAGUACAUGCGGCAAUGCAAUAUCAUCAUCCGCAGCAGCAUAUGCAACAAACACAUCAACAAAUGCAACAGGCUCAUCAGGUUCAGCAAUACCAACAGCAGCAACAACAACAACAACAACAACAACAACAACAGCAGCAGCAGCAGCAACAACAGCAGCAGCAACAACAACAACAGAUACAGAUACAUCAUCAACAACAUCAGCAGCAACAACAGCAGCAGCAACAACAACAGCAGCAACAACAACAACAGCAUCAGCAGCAACAACAACAGCCACAUCAACAACAAAAUCAGAAUCAAAUGCCCAAAACUGACCAGCAUUCAUCUAAUAGUAAUGGCAACUCUGGUGUUCCUUCACAAACAUCUGAUCAAAAUGAAAAUCAAGUGCCACCAUCAUGCAUCAGGCAGGGCUGCACUAAUCCAGCCAUAGCAAACAGUGAAUGGGAGGAUGAAUACUGCUCCAAUGAGUGUGUAGUCAGUCACUGCAGGGAUGUCUUCAGCUCAUGGGUAGCAUCAAACAACAGUAACCAAAUUCAGAACUUUUCUGCUGUAAAAUAA